AUGCCAUCAGCGCUGGUCCGACAUGGAAAAGAGGCAGUCUCUUUCGAGAUGUGCGAUCCGUCCGGUUUUCAGAAUCACUUAUUUACAAUUGAGCAACACCGAGGUAAAGGACUCGGUACAGCGGUUGAAAUGCGACUAUGCCAACAAUGUAUCAGUGAACAACUAUGGCCAUUCAAAUGCGUUGAACUCUACAAUACAUCGGUACUGAAGUCAGCGAAUGAAUCUCAUCUGUGGACUCGACUCGACGACCUAUCACACAAUCCAAUCGCCAUCAACUUUAUCCGAUUCUCCAAGAAGAACGGUCCAUCAGCUCCAGCUACGUGA